AUGCGCGAGGAGAUAGCAGCUCCGAGCAGUCGACAACUGCGAAAACGACACCGCAGCCGCCACCAAAAGUCUCGCCUUGGGUGUUUCGCUUGCAAGUCGCGACGCGUCAAAUGUGACGAAGCCCGUCCUGUUUGUGGCUCUUGCUCUUCUCGCGGCGAGCCCUGCUCCUUCCCCGAACCCCCACCCGUUUCUAACAGUACACGGCGGGAAGCAUCUCGCUCCCGGCAUCGCGGUGCUAGGUGCCCUCAUGUGCAACACUCGCCAUCCUUUUUAAGUCCACUAGAUAUAUAUGUGUCACGGUCGGCCGACAGCCCUCCUCCGGUAGAUGACCAGUCAUUGGAUCUCGACGACAUCCUCUCUGUGCAGUUUUUCCACAUGCACACGGCACAGGAGAUGUCCCUGAAUCCCAGCCGGAGCAAGGUUUGGCGGCGGGUGAUUCCAGACCUUGCUGCAAGCCACCACUAUCUUAUGCACUUGCUGCUCGCCUUGGGUGGCAUACAUAUGAUCACACAUUCCAGGCAAAGGCGAGGCGAGACAGCUGCACCCGAUUUGCUGGUGGUAAUAAAUCAUCAUCAGCGAGGGCUACAGGGAUUCAGGGAAGAGGUGGCUAGGAUAUCCAAUUCCAAUGCUGAAGCUGUUUACGCGGGAUCCCUCCUCCUCGUCGCAUUCGUUUAUAUGUCCCUCCAGGUCCCCGAGCUGAACCCGUCCGCAACCACCCCAAACCAUCAGCCCCUCGAGACAAUUUACAAGCCCCGUCUGCGCUGGCUACAUAUCAUCCGAGGAGUUUCAACGGUGAUUCGAGAUCAGUGGCCUGUCUUGAAGGCAAGCCGCAUGCGGCCGAUGGUCCUAUAUUUCCACGGUGAGGAGUACUGGGACGACCUUCCACUUGCUUCAUCGUUGUCCAAUCUCGUGCGCUGCUCCCCGCGCUUUUUAGUAUUUGCCCAGGGAACUUGUCAGGCCAUCGCUGACCUAAGGGCUUGUUGCGACGCCAUACAACCCCCCGACAGUAAUGGGCCUCCCUCAACUCCUGGGGUCUCUCCGGCUACGUCGGACGGGGCAGGAUAUGGGCCAUCAAGAGCCGUGGACAUGCUUGAAAAGGUUUAUUUCUGCGUUGUGGCUGUGCUAAAAUGUUCGGUCAGCGAAUGGGGUUCGCCAGAUGAUUCGGACAUCCAGGGCAAUCUUGAGGAGGCGGCGGUGCAGUCUUGGCCGAACCUGAUUCCAGAUGAUCUUAUCACCCUGCUAGAUAUCGGCGAACCUGCGGAUGUUGGGUGGGGACUUUCGCUAGUCAUCUUGGCUCACUACUAUGUCGUCAACACCCUCAUGGACUGCGGGCUUCUAGCGUCUUUCAAGGAGGAAGUCCUUAAGAUCCAAAUGUCCGUCUCAAAUAUAGACGACGCUAUGUUAAGCCAGCUUAUGGUGUGGCCGGUGAAGGUUGCUACCGCUUAA